GCGGUGCUGAGGUGUCGCCCCCGCGCCGACGCGCGCGGCGCCCGCACCUGAGCCGCGCCUGACGCCCCCUCGCGAUCGAUACGCGCCCGCGCUACUCCUACCAUCGCGCCGACUGCGACGUCGGAUCGAUAACUUUAGCUUGCACUCUAUCGGAACGUACCGAUUCUUGACCCCAAAUUAACAAAGGCUAAAUACUAAAGGCACGACUUACAUCAUAUUAGUUGACCGCUCGGUGGCGAGCUGCGGCAUGCCAGCACUGUGUAGGUGGGACGGUCGCACAGGUUCAUUCAGUGGGAGCCGGCAGCCUGUACCUGUGGCACGAGCACAACACGCGCCCCCCACCCGCCCUCCGCCCUCGUCCUCGCACCCCCCGCAUGUUAAGUAUUAGAAUGUCAGUUAGGUUCUGUGGCUCAGUAGUUUCACUGCUCAGUUUGGUAAGUACAUGUUAGGGUCCAUCAACAGAAGGGACCGGUUCGCAGUCCAAGUGGUUCAGCGACCAGCCUGUGACCGCGGGGAGUGCGGCGGGCGGGGGUGCGGGGCGCGGGGGCGCGGUGCAGCUGCAGGAGAGGGAGGGCCAUGGGGCUGACACCUCGUGCCACCGACUGUCCCUCGACGUGCGCCCGGCACCCGGCGCCCGGCGUCCGUACGUACGGCGUUGUCGCCACGCAUUGCCCGAACCGGAACCGACUUCUCAUGUUUCUACCAAAAGUUGCUGGUAUAUGCGAGUAAACAAGCUGGAACAUUUAUAUUUGAAGACACUGUGGAGCUUACAUGUCACUAGGGACUAAAAGAUGUCUCAGACUCAAGUUAUGUCUGAACUCAUUAUAGUUUUGUAGGUAUAGUUCAAGAUUAUUUAAAGAUAAUUAAACAUUUACAUUAUGUUAGUUGCCCAUUCAUGGAAGGAAGUUUAUAUUUCAAAACAUAAUAUAGGCUACAUUAAAAGGCGCUAAUAUUAAAAAAAAAUGAUAGUGGGAUACAACAUAUAAAUUAUUUAUUAGACAAGUAAACAAAUAGGAGUGAUGUAGAAAACACGUAUUAAUGCUCUGGGAACCACAAUACAUAACCUAUCUUGUUAUGGACAUGUAAUCAUAUUCAUAUCACAGGAACCUUAUAAUAUACCUACCCAUAUAUUUAUUUAUAUGCCAUCGUGAUAUAAGUUCGUCAAGAAAAUCAGGAAAUGUAGUAAACAUGCAGGCUAAAACACAGCCAGUAUGGCACACAGACAACUGCCCCGCUCUCGGCCAUCGCUCCCACCUCCGCAGUGUUCUCGUGCAACAGCUCGCACCACCGACGGCGCAAGUAACGAGCGCUCCCUCGCAGGCGGCAGUAGCGGACUCGCAGCAGACCGGCGGCCGCUGCAUGUGGCAGGCAGGCGGCGCGCCCGCGGACGAGCGCGGCCGCUGCGGGCACCGCGCCAUGGAGGCCGGCGCCGGCGUGGCCAGCGUGGCCUCGCUCACCAUGGACUGCGAGGACAUGUUCAAAGAGAUCACCAAGAAGCUCUACGGCGAGGAGACCAGUGUGGGCGUGGGCGUGGUGGGCGUCGAGUUCCCGGCCGCCGAGCGCGACCUGGACGACGAGCUGCGUCCCGAGGAACACAUUACGGCCUGGGGACUGGCCGCGCUCAUGCAGAACGGGUUCCCACCGCCCGGCAUACUGCAGGCGAACUUCAGCCCUCGCAUCGACCCGAGCGCCGAGGACCGGUGGACGGCGGCGGAGGAGCCGCUGGCGUGGGCGCACUCGCGCAUCGCGUCCUACAACCCGGCGCAGCGCCUGUUCAAGUGCGCCGACUGCGAGUGCGUGGGCUUCCUGGCGCGCGUGGCCGAGCACUGGCUGGGCACGCACUCGCAGGCGCGCGCCUUCACCUGUCCGCUGGCGGGCUGCGGCUUCGCGUCGGGCUGGGCGCGGGGCGUGCGCUCGCACCUGGCGCGCGACCACCACUCCGACCCCGCGGCCGCCGACCAUCUGCUGCGCGACAACCCCGCGCUCGACGACCUCACGCGCUACCUGCAGCGCCUCAAGAACAAGGUGGAAGCGAUGCGCAACGAGCGUCGGCCGAGCACCGGCGACGCAGGCGUGGGCGAAGUGGCGGGCGGCGGGGGCGCUGGCGCAGCGGAGCCAGGCAAGCGGUACGUGUGCGGUGCCUGUCCGUACGCUACUGACCGGCGCGACCUGUUUACGCGCCACGAGAACAUCCACCGCGACGAGAAGCCAUUCCACUGUUACUUGUGCCAGAAGCAGUUCAAUAGAGCCGAUCAUGUCAAAAAACACUUCCUACGCAUGCAUCGUGACCAGCCAUAUGACUUGAACAGAAUCCGCCGCUCAUCUUCGAUCGUGAAGCCGAGCACAGCACCGCCAGCGUUGCAUUACUACGGCAAGCCGGCAGGGGAACCACCACCCGCCGCGGCUCCGGUGCCUGCCCCCGCGCCCCCGCCACCUCCCGAGCCCCCGCCCGCCGAGUACCGGCCGGCGCCCACCGUCAAGAUAGAGCGACCUCCACUUGGCAAGGCGGAGACUGGCGCAGCGCUUCAUAAGCCCGGCGCCUCUACGCCUGCAGCCGCGGCUGCAGCCGCCAUUCGUCGCAAGGGCGAGCGGCGCUACGCGUGCUGCUACUGCGCGUGGUCGGGAGUGGACAACUGGUGCCUGAAGCGGCACCUCAACACGCACCUCAAGCCGUUCGCGUGCGCGCUGUGCGAGUACAAGGCGGCGCGCGCCGAGCGCCUCGCCACGCACGUGCACAAGGUGCACAACAAGAAGGCGUGCGCCAAGUGUCCCUUCCUGGCCGACGACCAGCACCAGCUGGCACACCACCUGCGCGACGCCCAUCACAUCGAGAGUCGUAAUCUGAAGGUUCCAUCCGGAGUUGGGCGCGCGGGCGGGGCCGGGGGUGCCGGGGGCGCAGCUGCACCGGAUCCGACGGCCGGGGGCGCGGGAGUCGUGAGUGGCGCGGGGCGACGGCGGGAGGCGCGCGCGGCGGGUGCGGCACGUCUCUUCGGCUACCUGGAAGCGUCCGACGGAUCGGGCGACGAGUACGAACCGCCCGUUCUGGCGCCAGAAUUUGCAGCAGCGCCGGCGCCUCCCGCGCCCCACUACACCCGCGACAAGGAGAACGCGGCGCCCCUGCACCACGGGCUGCACCAUGACCACUGCCUGCGCUACUAGCAGACGGGGGCGCGGCGAGCGGGGCCGGGCGCCGCCCCGCCCGCCGCCGCCGCCGACGACGAGUCCUGGCUGAGGAGACUGCUUACUGCCUGACGUGCUGACGCGUCAUGACGUCCCUGGUCAGCUCCGGCCGCAGCGCGUAGCGCUUAGCGGAGAUACGACAUUCGACACUAUACUUAUUUGCCAUAGUUACAUCUGAUUGGCAUACGAUAAAAUUAGUAGCUAACUGUUAAAUAUAUUAAAUAAUUUUAAUAUCUAAAUGCUUGUUCGAUGAUAAUAUGUACAAAAUACCUACUUAUUAAUAAAGUUAUGCAUC